ACUCCACAGAGGGGGAGAAGAGGGGCGGAGGAGGGGAGAAGGAGGAGAGGGAGUAGGGGGACUUUGCUGCUCCUGCCGUAUAAAAAGCCAAGCCUGAGAAUCCGGCACCACAAACUCACCACACAUACACACACACACACACAUACACACACGGACACACAUGCACACUGAUCCAGUGGCUGCUCUGUAUCUCUCACACUCACCCACUCAUCUUCUCUCUUUCUCUCUCUCUCUCUCCCUCUCUCUCCCUCCCUCUCUGUCUCUCUCUCUGUCUCGCUCCCUCUGUCUCUCACUCCACUCCUCUGGGCUCCUCUGCAUCCUUGUUGCUUCUUCUCACAAGUCAGAUUGUGUUUGUAAGUACGAGCUGGAUGUCUUCCUGUGUAUGCUUGGCUUUCAUUAGCUCCUCAUGCAUGUGUGAGUGACUGCUCGCCUUCUUUAGUGUGUCUGAGCAGAGCAGAGAGAAGGAUCAAGUGUAUGUGGGUCUUUGUCUCACCCUCACACACUUGCCGGUCCUCUUGCAACUCUUCACGGGAUCUGUGGGUCCCUUUCCUUGGUGACAGGCUCCCCACACCCAGCAGUCACCAUUUCCGCCCCCGGGAGACCCACGCUGGCAGCGCAGCCCCUUCCCCGACUCAGCAUCGGGAGGAAGACCCUGGUGGCGGCUGCCGUAGGGGUUAUGCUGGUCCUGGUGCUGGUGGUCCUCAUCCCGGUGCUCGUCAGCUCUGUGGGAACAGACGCCAGCCACUAUGAGAUGCUGGGCACCUGUCGGAUGGUGUGUGACCCCUACCUGAACAAGGGCACCCCGGCCAGCAGCACCAGCUCCACCGGGCUCCAAGCAGAGGCGGAGGCGCUGAGCGACCACAGCAAUGUGCUUCCACCCUCCACCUUACUGCAGGGCCCGCAGGGGAAGCCUGGACGGCCGGGCAAGCCUGGACCACCGGGACCACCAGGAGAACCGGGGCCACCGGGACCAGCAGGGCCUCCUGGUGAUAGAGGGGAUCAAGGGAGGACUGGGAUUUUGGGUUUGGGGGGGAAUGGAGCUAUAAGCACGGCCACCUACAGCACAGUGCCUCGGGUGGCCUUCUAUGCAGGGCUAAAGAACCCCCACGAAGGCUAUGAGAUCCUCAAGUUUGAUGAUGUGGUCACCAACCUGGGCAACAACUAUGAUGGCAUCUCGGGCAAGUUCAUCUGCAGCAUCCCGGGUACAUACUUCUUCAUCUACCACGUGCUGAUGAGAGGAGGGGAUGGAACCAGCAUGUGGGCAGACCUCUGCAAAAACGGCCAGGUUAGUGCUUUGAAACUUUUUUUCUAACUCCCUUGAACUCCCCUCGGUCUGAAGACACCUGAUUUGCUCCUUGUGCUUCCUCUUCCAUUAAAAUUACAUUUCUUUGUAAACCCAGCAAAAUAAAAGUCACAUUGUGAGUCACAAGCUCGCGCGUCUGCAUCCAAAGCCCAGAGCGCACAGCUGUGGCACCAGGCGCGCCUAGAGAUGAAGACGUGUUGACUGGUGGCAUUCCGCGUCCCCUCUGUGCGUGAUGUGUCCUGACUUUGCCGCGUCCCGACAUCUAAAGGACGGUCACAGUUACGGGCUGAAUGGGGGAGCGCGCGAUGAUCAUUUUGCCAUGAUACUGAAAAGAUCCGAUAACACUUUUCUGCGUGUUUUUCCCCCUGAAUUUGAUACGAAAGGAAGUAAAAUAAGAUCAGUUUGAGGCAAUCGAGCGUUUUGGAGUUUACGAGCUGGAGAAGAAAAUAAAAAAGGAUCGACUGGAGUAUGAAUUGAUGUGGUUCAAUUCCUUUUAGCGAUUUUAUUUUAAUUCUUGUCUAACAAUUCUCAAACGUAAAAUAUAAUUAUCUCACAUAUCCUUUUAUAAUAUUUAUACGCACACCUUAUAUCCCUCUCCUUUAUUACUCAAUCAUCCCACUGUUAGUGCGCUUUGGUGUCUUGUCUGCGCUCACGUAAAAAGGGAGGGGGAAAUAUUAGAAAAAAACCUCUUUGAAUAUUGAAUCUUAAAGGUGUUAACAAGAGCUCACCGGAUUAUAAUGUCUGUCCGCCGCUGCUCUCGUCUGUCUAUUUAGUCGUGUUAAACACAUUAGGACGUCUACGUGGUCUAUUCUCAGCUUUCUUGAUGCAUCGUUUUAAUGGGGCUUUAAUUUUAUUUCGCGCCCCGGAGGGUCUUCUCAGGUUGGAGAUGUGUGCCGGUGGAGUUUGCAGCUUUCCGAUCAGCCGUCAGAUCUCGUAUCCUGAGAGUGGCUCCCAAAUUUAUUUCGCCUGUAAAAAAAAACAAAAAUUACAAGUGAUACUCAAGCCUGAAGUUCAAGCAGGCUAUUGCUCUUUUGCAGGAGCUACAACUAUUUCUACCACUCUCUGGACUAACAUGUGAAAGUAUUAUUCAUUUGGUGAAAUUAGUUUAGCAGCCAGGAAGUAAUAUGAAGGACAGCUUUCACUGAGGAGCCUGCAGACCUAAAACAUGUCAAUACUUUUAAACACUAAAUUAAUUCAGAAUAUGUGUGAAAUAUAUUUAUUUAUGAUAUAAAACUGAGACAGUUGAGCUGCCAGCUUUGCAUUUCACACAUUGUCUCUAUUAUGUAAAUCAGCUGAACUUCAAUUGUUCACUCCAAAAUCCAUGUGAUGUGAAAUACCAAUGGAGACAAAUCAUAAAUGCUGCUGCUGACACUGUUUUUUUUUCUUACUUUAUAACAUAACUAAGAUCCCACUUACCACAAGACACAUAAUAUGUAUUAUUAAAAGCUUAUUUCAUGAAGUUUGGGGUUUCUGAUUUAGCAUCUCCAGCUUCUUUUACUGUCAAAAACACAGUUCUGUGCUGACAUGAGAUUGAUAAUAAAUAUAAGCGUAAAAAAACACACCAAAUCUCAUCUUUACAGCAUGGCCUUACAGCAGCGUCUCCGACCUGCUUCGCAGCAAACUGGCUGCAAAAUGACUUUAUAUGUUUUCCUUUUGCCAUAUCGCUUUCGAAUAAUGUUUACAAAGUUUAACGUGGAACAAAAACUCGGGUCAGUAAAGAAACACAGUGAGAGUCAAGCUUACAGCUGUUGGGGUCUUACAGUAAAGGUGCUGAAACAGUGAUGUGUACAACUCUGAGAUAAAAUAAUUGAUGGCAGCAGCUCUGUGGUUCAACCUGCAGCCUCACUGAGGCAGCUAAAGGUUAAAUUUCUUACCCUCGCCAAGAACACACCCAGCAAGAAAAAAAGGGAAUUACAGCAAUUUCCUUCUAUAUAUAAUGUCUCACUCAACAGUAAUGUUUAUGGGUGGGUGGAAAAGCAUUGAUAUAUAAUUGGGGAAGAGGAACAUAUGUUCCUAUAAAACACCUUCUGUUGCAGCUUCAUUGUGCUCCCAAGAGGAGGGUGUGGAGGUACUUAAGUUAGACGCACACAGUGUUCCUCUCCAGAGACCUGCGUAAUGUUUAUAAAGUGGUAACUGCUUCCUCUGUCCUAUGCACAGCUUUUACAUAAACACACACACUCUCCUCGCUGUAGUGUUUAUUAGCUUUGUGUUCUUGGCUGAUGAAGAAGGCCCCAGAGCCCCGGUCUGUGUAAAUGACUGUGAAUGGUUAUAAAUGUUGUGCAAACUUAUGCUACAUCAUUGAUGAAGUGCUGAGAGUCAAACUGGGGCUCCUCAAGAAACACUGGUGCUUUACUCAGCUCAUUAAGGCUGCAAAAAGCUACACAGUGAGCUGGGACAAGAGAGGCCAGGGGAUUACACACAAUACUAGUAUUUUAUCAUCUUUUGGCUUCAGGAAAUCGGCAAGUUUCCAGGCCCCGCAGUGCCGCAGAACGCCAGCUUUUGCUCCUCCCUCUACAGGGGUUCUCACAAGCUGUGUAUAUCACUAACAUCCACGAUAACUCCAUUCCUUCCUCCUCUUUUUCAUCUGAACUUUUCACAUGACAGCGUGCAAAGCGAGAAACCCAACACUGUCCCCAGGACUUUGACUCUUUCAAGCUAGACCAAAAAGUGAGCUUCCGGGUAAACAAAUAAAUAAGAAAUCUAUUUUCAGCUCAGCACACUUUAUCUGCCAUCCAAGUUCCUCUCUGCUUACUCUUUCGCCUUCGUCAUUGCCUGUUCGCUUGCUGAGGUGCCAAAUAUUCCGACCAAUCCUGAACCCUCUCCAGUAUAUCAAUGCUUUACUUCAACCUGUGUCAGAUGCAACCUGAGAGGCACAGCAGAGACAAUGAAGACAAAUUCAUUGGAUGGGGUAGAAAGAGGAGACAGAAGAGGGGACAUAAAAGACACAGUUAUUGUGCUAUUGUGCCAUUGUGUCUGUUUAAUUGUAAUUAAAAAGCUUGAACCACAUCCAGGAUGUGUUUGCGCUUCUCUUCUCUGUUCCCUUCUUAAUAUUGUUAUUAAUCCGCAAAACCGUUUCAGAGUUAAUUAAAAGCAAUGACUUCAGCGUCAGUCUCUCAAGAGGACCAUAGUGAAUAAUCACUCUGUCUCCUCCUUUAAUAAGCUUCAACGUCCUUCGUGCACAUGCCUCUUCCCCAGCAAUUACUGCUGCAGUCUCCUUCUCACACACACACAAACACACUCGCACACGCGCAUGCUUGCCACCCUAACACCCAGCCCCACCCUCCCAGCCCACCCCAACUGUGCUCUGCCCUCCAUCUCUCCUCUAUGUCAGGUCUACAGGAGCUCACUUUUCCAGAGGAGCAGAAAGUUCUCAGCUACUUUUAAAAAAAACAAAAAAACUAUGAAGUAUUAUUCAGAUAGAGCUCUCACAGAAUCAAUGUGCUCACACGCAGUUGCAUCAAUACUCCUCAUUUUUCUUAAAGAAAUGCAUUGCACUGUAAUGUAGGAAGUUUAGAAAGAAUCGGUUUUAUUUGCAGGAUGUUUUCUGCCGCUGUGUCUGCAGGUGAAGUCUACGCAUCCUAACAGUAAACACAGGAGCUGAGCCAUAUGGAUGAGGGCUUCUUCUGUUUGAUUUGGUUACUGACAUGCCGCAAACUCUGCAGAAAGGUGUGAAUAAUGAGGAAGAUCUCCCUUAAUAGCUCAGGCGAUGUUCUUGAUUGAUUUUGAACUUAGUGGCUUUUUAGCGUUUUUCUGUCCCAAAAUGAAACAAAAGCUGUGGCAGGAGUCAUUCACACUUACUCACAGCUAUACUUGGUCUUCAUUGAUUUUAACAUUCUGGGAAUGUUCAGACCUGCUCGUCUUCAUCGUGGUGUGACUCCAACACUAAGGGGCCUCUGUGUGUGUAUGAGCUGGGUGUAACAGAGAGACUCUGUGUCAUACAAACAGACCGGGUUUGAGAGAGCCAUCCCCAGUCCCUUGGCUUCUUCGCCUGCGGUAUUGAUCCCCUUGUGCGUAUGUGUGAAAGUAUACAUGUCUUUCUUCACAACUGAUGCACCCAUUGCUUCCUAUGUGAUGUACACCAUGGCAUUUCUUCUAUAAUCAGCUGGAGAGGUGGCGGAGGCGGACCUUUGGCCUUGAUCUGCUGUGUAAUUGGACAUUGAAUUUGACACUCUGCCGAGUGGAACAUUAGAGCCGCUCUAAUUAGGUGCGAGGGCUAUCAAACGCAGAUUGGCCUGUGUUGUUAGGAAAUACCACCCCAGAUUGAAAAUGUCAAGUUGACAUCAGGCUAGUCAUCUGCAGGCGCAGGCAAGAAAAUCUAUCAUUUAUCUGUGAAGUUUCAAAACUUGCUAAGAAGCUGCCCACCACUGUCUUUAAUAUUGAACCACUGAGUCUCAAAUAGAAAGCUGUUAGAGUCCAGGAGUGGACACACAUGCUCCCUGUGACGGCCCGGCAGAUUAAGCAGCUCAUGAAAUCCAGCUAUAAUGUCUCGUGUUUAGUGAGAGCAAAAACAUACAGUCUAAAAUAGGCUUUGUAUUGUCUCCUGUGGCUGCCUGACUCAAGGAUGCUAUGGUGUUGACUCACAAGGCUUCUUCAUUAUAAUGAGGGCCAUAUGGGAGAUAGACAAGUGCCCCCGGCCCUCUUAUGCAAACAUCUCUCUCUCCGCCUCUCCCCACGCCCCUGACAUUUAGCCGUCCAGCAGAUCCAGUUCUCAGUGAUACCCACAAUUAUCCUCUCCUUCUUCACAGGGAGGCAGCAAGUCAAUGGCUUUAAAUGACUCACAGUCUGCGACAUAACUCAACGUGUUUAACACCUCCUGACCUACCCCUCCCUAAAAUAAAAUGGGUAAGACAUCAACAAUCGCAGUAAGGGAGGAUGAAUCGGCUACUGUAUGAAAAAUUGAUGUCAAAGCAAAGCUUAAAUUCUGCUCCUCUUCCAACACUUACUCAUUUGAGGGAUUCUUUUCACAAGGAGUCAUAGUGCCUCAGGGUUACUAGGAAUACCCUGGAACAGAGUAAACUAAACUCGGUGGAAAAAAAUAAAUAAAUAAAGGUUGAAAAUGUUGCUGUAAAAAUCUCUUUGCAGACAAUGCUGCAACGGGCGAUUGUGCUUUUGCUCUUCUUGGUGCUGGAGGCGUACACCUCUCUGUAAAUCUCAGUAAUUAACCGAGCGUGAUGAGUUGCACACAAGGAUGAAAGAAGUGGCGGGAUUGCAGGUCAAAGUUGAUGCCUCUUUUUUCCACCACCCAAGCCCCAGAGGAUCUCAUCCUCUUUGUUGCAUUUCACACUUUUUUCCUUACUUUCUUUUCCAUUUAGAGGUUCAUCAAAGAACAAAUAAAAUAUAACUAGACCCGGGUUCACCUUGAGCAUUAAUGUAAGAAUUUUCCGAUACAUUAAUAUGUUUGUGGAGUUUCAAAGGAAGCUGAGGAGGUACAAAGAGAACAUCUGGUGACAUUAAUUCAGGGUAACUUCUUUUACUCUCUGCUGACGGAGAGCAAAUCUUGUAUUACCAUUUACUUCCUUUUAUCGUGUUUUCAGCUAGAUUCCCAUGACAAAAAAAUACUGUGACAUAUUGGAGCUGAGACACUUUCUGACACUCGAAUACUCAUGCAUCCCAUCAUAGCUUCCUGUUCUCGUUCCUUCUGUGAAAUCUCAUCUUCUGCGAGCGGUAAAAUUCUUCUGUACGUCUCUCCUCCAGUCUGUGUGUGUCUCUGCUGCAGCAAAAUGUUGGACCAGGCUCAAUAGCAGUGGCAGACUUUCUAAGCUGCUAUUAAGCAUGCAGUUCACGGCUGGAAUGUUCAAACACAAUUAGACGGCAGUACACUUUGAUUUAAGGAGGACCAAUAGACUCUUGAUCCAAAAUAGAGGCUCAACAUCAAGUCAACAAAUCCCUGUCAGAGAGGCCGUGAGACAUGUCCUUGUCACAGUGACAAAACCUCCUGUGAGAUCGGUGUCCCGGUGAAACUAAAACCAGACUUAAUAGAUAAAACGUCAAGCUGUCAAGAUUAAAAUAAAGGAGUGUUUAAUUUCAGUUUAAUGCUUAAUACAAGUUUAAAAAUACCUCAGGUAUCUUUUAACUAUCUGAGAUCACGGUCCCAUGAAACUGGUUAUCAGAAAGAUGAGUCAACCCAGAUUUACUGUCACAUGAGUGUAAGCAACAUCUGACCAAUCACCGACAUGAACGAGUUUGCCGUCAGCAGAUUGUCAUAUUUUCAUACACAGAGCAAAUUAUAUGACUUUAAAAAAAUAUAUAAAUUUAAACACAUAAUCCGUAAUCAAAUCAACACAGCUGUAUUUGCAAAAUUAAUACAGAACUGUCAUUAAAAUAGUGCUCGGAGUGAAUAAGCAAAUUAAGACUCAAACUUAUCACUUUUCAAUCGUUAUUGAGCCAAAGAUCCAAAAACAAUAACUCCUGUAAAUCCUCCAAACUGCUUUGUUGCUCAGAUUUAAUCUUGUGGUGUGUGUGAGAGUUUUAGACGGAAUAUUAAUUUUGAAAGGGGGGAAAAGGAGAUGAUAUGGAUGAAUGUGGAAAUGUGAUUUAAAGCAAUAUGCAGGCAUGUUUUGAGAACUUUUACAGUGUUAAAUGAUUAAGUUUCUGUUUAAGAAUUAUAUCAGGACAGUACAAUUUACAACUUUCAUUUAUAUUUUCAUAAAAAUCAUACAGGUAGACAUGUCCUGUCCCUCUGAAAAAGCGUACAGAGCACCACAAUCCUACAGUUUUAUCAGUCCAGACAGAGUUUUUUACAAACUCAUCUUAUAUCCUGAACAUAACCUGUUGCAUCCCAGUGUAGGUAAUUAGCAUCAGUUACCAUGGUGAUCUACUCUAGCAGGAAAUGAACCAGCUUUGUAGAACUGAAAACCCAGAGUUAACUUGAAGUUCUGCCUUGUACAGUAUCUGUGCUCAAACACAGCACAGCAACAUGAGCCUGAGCGUGAUCUGGCUUUUUUACAACAGGUUUUAUGUAGCACAUAAUUUAUUAACAGCAACCAAUUAGUACAUUUCUUCAUGCUGAUUGAAAUAUUACUCAUUAAAGCUUCUAUAAGGAGUUUUUUUCAGGCUACUAGAAUAGAGUCAAGUUCAAGUUGAUGCUUUUUCAUGAUAUCCAAAACAAGAAAAGACAAUUAGCAACAAAACUGACAAUGUUUAUAUCAGAGUAGGGGGUAGGUGUCAGACCGGCAGCCAGAAAAACAGUACUAAUUUUACACUUUACACAUAAAAUAUUGACAAUUAAUGACACACUUAACCCUUUAGUGCCUUUUGUAUCAUAUUUGAUACAUACUUUUAUAAUACGUCUAUCAAUCAAUAUGAUCAACAAAUUACUAAAAAAAACCUUAACACAGUCCAAUAAAUGAUAAAAAAUGUCCUCUUGUGGUUUAUCAGUUUCCAAAAACAUCUGAUAUAUCAAACGAGAUAAAUAAAUAUAUUUGUAAAAUUUUAAGGACUUUUGUUUUUUUCGGUUUCCAUUAGUAAGUGAAAUAAACAUUUCAGCUCUAAAAGGUUUGAAUUUUCUGGCCAUAAUUUGUGGUUUCAGGCAUUAUAGGAUUAACUGUAAAAAGUCAGGAGGAUGAGAUUUUUUUGUCAAAAGUUGCUUCUUUAGCAUGUAGAGGACAAGAUAAACAAAGACUGCUUUGUCCACAGGGAAGGUCAAAAUUAACACAAACCUCACUGGAGCUUCAAAUGAGACAAACAUAACAAGUUCAGCUUGACAAGUUCUGAUUUAUUUAGCAGCUGGCCAAAUAUUUCCCUGCACUUUUUCUACCUUGUGUAUGGUCACGACCCUUCAUAUUGUGUUUGUUUAUCCUCCUGCAUUGAGUGAAAUGAGAGUCUGCAGAGGGCUGAACUGGUGGCAUGAGCAGUUCUAGCAGCUCGAUUAAUUUGGGCAAAGAUUUGUUGCACAACUUAAAAAGUGUAUUUGGAUCUCCUUAAGCUGAGUAAUAUACGGAAAUAAAACUCUGAGCGCCGUUAUACCACAUAUGAGAACGCCUCUCGCCCAAUCAAAUUACUUGCUUUUUCAAUAUACACUAACCCUGAAGGGAUCUCCUUGAAGAGCAACAGCGCUCGGUAUGUUAACGCGUACCAUAAAUACAUUUCAGUGUUAACAUAAACAACAACAUCAUUAUUAUUGAUAAGUGUGACGCUCAAGUUAAGAGAAACGUCACUUCACAUUUCCAGGCACGCGUGAUCCAUUAAGCUGGAACGCAGCCCUGAAUUUUUUGUGUCUCCACUCUGAGUAUUAUUCAAUCAAAGCCAUCACGCUGACGAAGUGAAGGAUGCAAACACGCACGAGCAGCCACAAGGAAGACAACAUGGCACGACACCUCAUUUAGCACCGCUGGAGAUGGCGCUCACAGCCUCACGCUUUGUUUGUCUUGUCAAACUUCCUCUACAUAUUGGGUGUCAAGGUCACGCACUGCCAGUUGGCUGUUUGUCCUGCUCAUCUCCCGCUACACAUCUGCCAGUCCUGGGAAUUGAACCUCUGGCUCAUAUCCCCUAACAAGUUCUUUGUGUGCAUGAGAGACAGAAAAAAAAAGAGAAAAUAGCUCCAACACAAGCUUCCUGAUCAUUAUUUCAAAAACAGUGAGAGGUUUUAUUCAUGCGUGCUUAUCAUUGGAAGCAAACGAAGGAGGCCUAGUCUGCAGCAGUUAGUCUCAGAAGGGGAUAAAAACCAUUAGAGCAGAGAAACAAAACAAAACAAAAAUAUCAUCGUGGAAGGAGCAGGAGCAUUUCUGGGAACUUUGCUUUCACCAGGGCUUUGCUCAUUUUGUAUCUGCUGAAGAAAAAGGUUAUAUUUGGUUUUAUUUGUAUUAAGAAAAAAACACAUCAAACAGGAACUUGAAGACGUUUUAAAUUUAGCUCUUCAAAUAGCAAAUGAAGAGAAUAAUUUAAGCUAUAUUACACAUCUGUGACUUUGCCAGAGGUUCCAGGUUCUGUGUGAACACUCGGAGAGCAAAUAUUUUGAUAAAGUUUCAUUAAAAUCCCAGCUGACAAAUCCUCUUGAGCCCUUGUCACCCUCUCCUGCACCAACCCAGAGCGGUAACCCUCUAAUAGGAUGUUGUUGACUUUGCACACUCGGGGCACAUCAUAUCAUAUUAAUAUGCACUGGACGCAAGCUUCUCAGCGUCAGAACAGGAGGCUUUGUUUGCACAUCGAUAUGAGCUGCGCUAGAUUUAAUCAAGAGGAUAAACAUUGAAAAAAAAAAAAAGGUGUUGAAUGCUCCAUAUAUUACUUCUGUAUCUUAAAACCUCUCCUCAGAAUUUCAUUAUCCAGAUUAGCCUUCAUAGCUUAUGCACAUGUCAUGAAACGUGAGUUCCUCUGCUUGAUAUGCUGUAAGAGUUUAAAACAGUGUGAUUGAAAAGAUACAACAAAGUCUAAGUUGCUCUUUCUGCAGCCCAAGGAAGGACAUUCGGACAGCAGUGUUGCUGUAAAUAAAUUAUUCACCACUCAGAUGUUGCUUUAAAGUGUUUUGCCCAUGCUUGACAUUCUUUUAGAUUCCUCACAAAAGUUUUGUUUCCCCCCUCUUUUUCUUCUUUCACCUUAAAUUAAAAAGACGAUCUUUUUUUAAACUCAUCGACAAUGUGGUUAAGAAAGCUGAAAGAGUUUCAACCUUGCUCCUCUCAGCCUCAUGAUUCAAUACUGCAAGCUGAAGAACAGCUCUCUCUCUCUGACAAUGAUCGACUGCAAGAGGAAGGAAAACUGGCUGAAUAUUGGGAGAUGGCUGAGAGCAUACACCCUCAAAAAAAAAAGAAAAAAAAAGAAAAGGAGGAGGAGGAGGACGAGGACGAGGUGGAAGUAAUUAAAAUACAACAUUUUUAUUGUGAUAAAACUUCUGGGAAAUCUUGUGUGGUCCAAGCUGGCUCUCUGUAUUUAAUCAUACAUAAGUAGUGUUUUAAAACCAGAGUGGCCGUUAAUCUCACUCAGCAAUACAAGCAAACACUGUCGAUUUUUAUUGGUGGAAAUGUCUCUAAAAAAAAAGAAGAUGAAGAGCUGUGAGGAAAGGUUGUAUAAUAAAAAUGUACCGACAUACUGCUGCACGCAGCUUGGUUACACUGGGUUCAAAAUAAGGUGUCACGGUUUUAGCACCUCACCACUUAAACGCUUUUACAGUUAUGUAGUAGUAAAGACCGACUGUACCCUCUGGUGUAAGUCUGUCUCUGUGUCAUUGUGUUGCUCUGAAGAGAAGCACUUAAGACUCCCACUAAUGCUUCUUUUCAGGAAUCCUCUUGUUCGAUUCUCUCGCAAGCUUUUAACUCUUGUCCUGUUAAUAGUUUGAAAAAUACUCCAUGAAGAAUUUGUUUAAGAUCACAAAUGUAGAUAUAUGUCUGAUCACAUGUGCUGAAAACACAUCAUCCACCUCUGCAUGUUCUCUGAUAACAUUAUUGAGCACAGGAGAAACUGAAUAAGGACACAAAAGCAUAUUCUGUAUUUUUCAUGGUGCAAAAGUACUGAAUUUGUUGUUUUAAUAUAUGUAGAGACAUUAUCCCACGCUCCUCGUACAGUUGAGCUGAGUUCUGAGUAUCAGCCUCUUCUCACAGUAUGCAUGUCGUGUGUUCUCAGAUUGUCAGGCGCCCUCUAAGCUGCCUGUUGGACCAGCUUGUCCACACCAGCCCGAUUUAAAGCUGUGAGGACAAAUAUGGAGCCAAGGCAAGUGCUGGAGUGGACCAUAGAGACUCGAUAAUGAGCCACAAGAAAACAUUUCAAAUGCACGUGAAAUAUUGAUUCAAAUCCACCUCACUGACCAGACUAAGUGACUAAUUGGCUUGCUUAACCAGCUGCUACUGUAAAGGAUGGACUUUUCUUUUUUCAUCCCCAGAGGAAACAAUGAUUUUUUUUUUCUUUUCCUUUGUUUUGAUUCUGUUCAAGACUGAUGCAGUUCUCCUCUCACAGCAAGGAGAAACGGUGCAGAGUGGAAGUAUUUGGAAAGCACCCUUUUAAAUCUAUUUCUCUAUAGCUACAGUAUGUUUCUUGUAUCUGUUCUGACCUCAUUGAUUUCCAUUCAAAUCUGCAGUUUAUAACCAGAAGACCUGCUGAUACUCUACCUGACCUACACUGAGGCAAAGUCUGCCUUUUUUAUCUUCUGUUUAGUCUUUUUGAUUUAUGUACAUGCUCACUUUGACUAAGAUUGAAGGUUAUUUACUUGUAAAAUAAUAACCUCCUCAGUUGUCUUGUGUUUAUGGAGAUGAUCCUGCAGCGUGAUCUCAAGAUUGGACUAGCCGUUGUAGUCCUCAGUACAAAUAAAACACUGAAAGCAAAAAAGCAUCAUUUUGAAAGCACUUGAACCAAUUUCAAAGUCAAUUUAGAGGUUUGUUUUAAAAGGGUUUUCAGGCACGAAAGGGGGACAAUGUACUAUCCAAGUGAUAAUACCUGAAAAGACAUUUUUUUUUUUUUUUUAAACUUUAAAUUAGCCGCCACUUGCCAGUGAGCUAUAGACUGUAUAAACUGUGGACAAAUACUGCGUUCCAGUAACCUCGGAAGUCGGAUGUCGGAGCUCGGAAUGAUGUUACACCCCAGUUGACGGCGUUACAGUAAGCAAGUCAGAAGACCAAAAUGGAUGCCUACUGUUAGCUGUUGUUAACAACUUUCAGUUGUUGUUAGCGUUUGUUAGCUGUUGUUAGCUAUACCAGUUGUAAACAAUGCAUAACACAGUAUUUUACUCUCACAAACACCACAGCACUGUGUUCACAGUUAGAUGUAAAUAAUACAUUAUGAGAGCUUUCACUGGUACUCUUCACUGUUGAUACACUGCGCUGCCAUCUUGGAUUAUGAUGUCAUCAAGUCAGGGUUGGUGAGAAUCGUCUGACCUUCCAAGUCAGAAAUCCGACUUCAGGGGGGUGUUCCAGAUGAAUGAAUUUCCAACUUUGAGCCUGGAAAUCCUGUCCCCCGAGUACAACUGGAACGCAGCACUAGUCUCAAUGAUAUUAUCAACUCACAAUUCAUCAAUCUAGAAACAAGCCAACUCAUUCACAUCUAUGAUUGUGCAGGUCUAUGCAUAAUUUUGAGUCUCCUCCCCCCAAAAAUAGAGUAAGGGUUUUAAGAAAUGUACUUAAUGCAGUUGCCAUGAAUAGAGCUGUUAAGGCCUGAUCUGAGCAUUUGUGGCUGUGCUGCAUUGAGUUUACUGUAGGUAGUGCAAUGUGAAUCACACUGGCUCUGUUUCAAUAAGCUGAAAGAAUAAACAAUAUAGGAAGCUGUUAAUGCUUAUUCUGCAACAUUGAAUUUUUUUUCCAUUGGUCCACUACCUUGAGCUCGGCAAUAUAGCAGAGUGCAAUGCUGAAUCAGAGGAGUAUUUAUUUCUAAUAUAUAAAUAUAAUAUGACGGAUCAUAGAGCCAAACUACUAGAAACACAGUUUCCCAGCUGAGCCCACAGUACAGGACCAGGCAUUAUGACUGUUGUGCAGGAUCACUUUUAAUUAGUCGUGUUGGCUCCGCACACAAAGACACACACUCCAUGCUGGAAACAUCCAGUCUAUCCAGUCUAUGACCUUCACUGUUUGUCACUACUAUAGUUUACCGCAGUCAUUUCCUGCUCACUCUGCGUGCGUAUCAGCUGUGUUGUGUUUGAACUGUUUCCUAUGCAACUUUGGAUGCAGCAGUUUCAAAGUAGCUCCUUCCAAUAAACGACACAUUUAGUCCCGCAAUCAAACACACACUCAAGCAUACACACACACACACACAUGCAGUCAUGCUUGAAAACACAGCUAUUGUUUCAGCGCCCAUUUGGCACAGCAGCAACAUUUCCUCCCCUGAGAGAGAGCGCAUGUUUGUGCUGGAGGUCUUAAUUAGCCAGGACAGGUUAUUUAGAAACGGUUCCAAAUGUCCUAUAGCCAGACUGGCAAACUACACAUGCACACACACACACUCACUCACGUGCACACAGACAUACACACAAAUGAGCACACAUCGGUCAGUUUGACUUUAUUUAAAAUCAAAAUGUAGAUAUGAAGCAAACUCACUCUAGUGACUCCUUUGAGUUAAACAGAGUUUCCUGGUAGAGUCCUACAACAUAAAAGCUCACAAAGCUUGCUCUGUAAAAGGCUUUGAUUGUAUAAAGUCUGGUGGUUCUUAGGUUGAAUAUUUGGCGACCACUGAACAGAUUGAAACUACAAAUCCUCUUUUCAGGAGGCCCUCUGGCUGCUGCUGCUUCAGGUUUAGUUUUUGCACAUAGAGAACUCUUGUUUCCGGUUUCUGGUCAAGUGAUCUUAAACCAGCAAUUUAUUUUCUUUAAACAUUUUAAGACUUCUUUUAUUUGCCCUUUUUCUGCCUCUGGUAAGAAAAUAUGUCUUUUGUGUCGAAGCAAUGGUGGUUUCUUUGUUAGUCUAAAGUUCUUCAGCAAAAUUUAUAAAAACUUCAAAAUUUUGCUCAUGUUACUAUUGAUAAAUUUGACAAAAAAGCACGACUCUAAAAGUUGCUUUUUUAUCUGUAAUGUUGUUUUUUUUUUCUCUCUCUCUCUAUCUGAAAGUGUCUCAUAAAAAAGAAACUUUUGCUUUCCAAACUGUUCCCAACUUCUGUUAUUUUUAUCAAAGCUCCUGGGAGUGUUUCUUUCCUUUUUUUUUUUUACAGUCAUGAAAUAGACUGACAUUUAAUUUGAUAUCUUUUUUGUGAUAUAAAAAGGCAAACAAGACCAUCAGGAACAAGAUUAAAGAUAUUUCAUGUGGUGAUUUUUAUGCCUGAAAUUGGUUUGAAGGUGGUCGGUGUCAGCUAGGCAGCUUAACAUUUUUGAUGAUAUAUUUGACUGUCAGAUUUGUGUAGGAAGACAUACAGUAAGUGUGCAGAGGACAGUAUAAGCAGAGAUUGCUUUGUCCACAGGGGGGCGCCAACAUAAAUACAAAGUCAAAGUUCAUCACAGGAGCUUUAAAAGAAGAAAUUCAUACAAGUAGGCAGGCUUAGAGAUAUGGACAUACAUGUUCCUUUGAUAACAAAUAAUGCACAAUAACAAGAGUCAAUACAGAUUCACUUAAGUAGAAGUAGAAGUAGAAGUAUAAAAGAAUAAAAGCUGACAGGUAAUUUCCCAGAUUCUUGAUUAAAAUGUUCUAAUGUGUGGUUUCUUUGCAAAUAGGCUCACCUUUUUCACAUGUUUUCUUGUCUCUGGACUUCCAGGUUCGUGCUAGUGCCAUUGCCCAAGAUGCCGAUCAGAACUACGACUACGCCUCAAACAGCGUCAUCCUUCACCUGGACGCAGGAGAUGAGGUUUACAUCAAAUUAGAUGGAGGCAAAGCCCACGGAGGCAACAACAACAAGUACAGCACCUUCUCUGGCUUCAUCCUCUACGCAGACUGAGAGACAGACAGGAAGACAGACACACAGACAGUCAGACAAAGAUUGAGAGAAAAAGUUAUUCAACAAUGGGAGGGGAGGGGUGUGUGCGUUAAAAGCCGGAAUGCUUUCUAGUUUUCCUAAUUCUCUCCAUCAUCACGGACACCUCUGCUUCGUAUCCAUCAGCUGAGACGUCCGGGCUCUGUAGCAGAGCCUGGAUGGGGACACACUGAGAGGGGCUGGGGGCAGGAAGCAACGGAGGACGUGUUUCUCUGCACUCCUCAACCUCAAUGCGGACGUGUCAGACGCUCCUUGCUUUCUUUCAGUGUCUCUCCUCUGCAGCCCUGCUCCAUUGCACAGAAAUAUCAACAUGAAAAAUGAAAAACCCUGCUAACGUGGAUGAUCUCACCUCUUCUCUCCACCAUGGCAACAGUCAGCUGUACCGUCACUGGACUCGAUUGACUGAAACUCGUAGUGUUGUUCCGUGCAAUUUUUCCUUAGAGUGUGCUUUUAUUUUGUAGACAUGUAUAAUAUUCUACACAGAUGAGAUUUAAAAAAAGAAAAGAGAAUAUAUUUGUCCCUUGUGAAGAUAUCCUGUUUGACUGAGAGAAGUAAAGAUGUAUUAUUUGUGAUGCAGCUCAAAGAUUGAACAGCUGGGAGAAGAAAUCUUUCAGGCAGUGGGUGUUUUUUUUUUCAUCAUCGCUGGGUUCAACAAAACACUGUUCAUGUGGAGAUUGACUAACAUUCAGCACUGUACCUCUAAUGUAUCCGACAAAGGACGCAUUUCAUAAAGACAGCACCCUUUUCCACACAACUCCUCACUCGGUUCACGCACACAAACACACAAUGUCCUGCUGCUGUUCGGAUUAAAAGUAGAGUUUAAAUCCUUUCUUCUAUGUUCUAGUUUUAUGUCGACUCUGGACUCAGCACAGGCCUUUGAUGAGGCAAAAUGUUCAAAUUAAGAGAUAACCUAUUUCUCUGCUGCGCCGACCUCACUGCGUAAAACACGUGGCUUCAGGAGAGGAGGGUGAAGAAGAGAGAGUCGACACUACUAAGAGCGAACAAGUCCGUUUUAAGAAGUAGGGUGUCAGACUUGGGAACAGUGAGUGUGCACUUUUUCUGUUUGUGUGUCUGGGUGUCAUCAAUUCAUUAGCUGCAUCCUCACUGACACACACAGGCAUUAAUACGGUAAUAUUUACUCAACAUGGCGGCCUGACUGCUCGCUUGAGAAUGAAACUGAUUGGAUGACUGACCCGGUCAAUUGUGGCUGCAAAUUUGCGUGUGUGUGUGUGUUUGUAUGAGCAAGUAUGUAUGUCAUGUCUGCAUUUUAGCAUGUGCUGUGCCAUAGCUACAUGAUUCUUUUCCAGAGUUAUUCUGUGCUACAGCCAAUGAAAGAUAUUUUACUCAGCAGCCAAUGAGAUUGUUCUCCGGAGGGCGGGGAGCCUCUAUAGAUACGAUGAGAAGAACAAACAGCUUGUAAAUGAAAUCUAUGACAUGUUUGUCUAUCUUAUCUUUUGGAAUCGUUGAAUACAUUUAAAUAAUAAAUGGGAUUUUUUGAGUGACUUGUCUCACGAGACUUCUUGUAUCCCAUAUGCGCUAAUUAGGGGAAAUGAUCUGUAAAAAAAAAAAAAAAAAAAAAUGGUAUGUUCUGUGAGACUAACUAGCUACAAGACUGGAGAUGUGUGUUUCUUGUUUUGUUUAAACUGAGAAUUUAACAAUGGCCUGUCAGAGCAAACAUUAAAAAAAGACCCUAUAAAUAA